UUCAACGCAAGGGGGGCGGGAAGAGGGAGAUUACUCUGGGUGCGUUGAUAAGAGAUUAACGCUAAUAUUACGAGUAAAAUCUGAGACUGGAAACACGUUGAGUGCUCGGAAUAUCAACUACGGUCAAGGAUACCGCUGAAUCGCCAUCAGUGUGUGAUUGAGCCUGCGUGCGCGCGCGCGCGUGUGUGAGAGAGAAAGAGAGAGAGAGGUGGAGAGAGAGAGAGGAGGGGGAAGGGGUAACACAGCAUCUUUUCUGAAGCCGGGUUGCCGAGGAAUCACAAAAACAUUGUAUCGUUUUUUAGUUGUGGAACAAGCGAACACCAUUAUUCAGAUCGGCUGUAAUUUACCAAUAGAGACAACAAAAUAUUGCAGAAACUAAUCAAGCCAUUGGUGGAUAUUUAAUGUUUAAUACUGCCCUCACAAUAUACGCUCAGUUUUCAUGGUAAAAUGCCGAAGAGGAAGACGAAGAAAGAGAAUUGCCACUGUUAUUUUUUAUAUGCGAAAAAUACACAUCAAAACAGAUAGUGUGUGAGAGACAGCCCAACGGAGACAUCAGCAUUACAAGUUAUUCUUUUAAUUUUUAUUAAUCAUUUUAUUUAUUUCAACAUAACAGAGGUGGAAUGCUGUGGAAUAUGUUUCUCUGUGGGGAGAAAAAAAGAGACAAACCGCAUCUCGUGCAUCAACUUAGCCUCUGAAGCGCUGCACGCGCAUGGAUUUUUUUCUUUCUCCAGAUGUAAAGAUGUGGUAAUCUAACUGUGGAUCGGGGAGAGAGAAGGGUGUUGUCGAAGAGAGGAAAGGGGUAUGACAUAAGAGGUGUCCUUUUUGGAAAGGGGGGUAGACUGAUUGAUAGAAGAGAACAUGGAGUGAUGCGCGAGACGCGUUACUUUUAUGAGAAAUUUUGCUGAAAAAAGGAGAAUGGAAUGAAAAACGAAAGAAUCGGGGAAAAACGGGAGGAAGAGGAAGGUGAACAGUAAUGAUUUUUUAACAAAAACGGAUCGCUGCACCCCGUAGCGGAAACCUGGGAAUAUUUCGGAGGAUGCUGUAGGAAGAGGACGAGGCUUUGCAUCCCGUUGACCCCUGACCUCAGGUCCAGAGCCCCCGACCCGCAGCAAGCCCUCAAGGACCAUGAGGGGCCAUGGAACGUAACAGAGUGCCCGUCACGGCUCCACUCUGCCCUGCCUCCUCCCCGCGGCCACUCUGAGACCACAGCGGGAAAGAAACCUGAAAAGCUCCACAAAGAAGACACACAGCCGUGCAGCCCUCAGCAGACUCUACCCCCCCCCCACCCUUCUUUUUACCAAACAAUCCCUCACCUCAGUAGCCCUCCUGAGUAUCCCUUAUUUUUGGGGGGCAAAGAGGCAAGGGGCUACUUUGUUUGCCCCCUUCUGUAGAAUUCUGUUCUUUUUCUUUUUGAGUCUCACUUGAAGCCAGAGAGCGCCGCCAUGCUUCUCCUCCCGCCGUGCAGCAGCAGACGGGGCGUCGCCACGGGCCAGCCCUGUCCCCUCCGUUUUUGGGAAGUGUGCUUGGUGUGGAUUCUGGGCCUCGCACUCCGACCGGUGCUGCCACUGAGCCAAAGGGCAGACAGCAGCAGCGGGAAGCACCCGAUCGUCACCACCAACUACGGAAAGCUGCGCGGCGUGCGCCGGGAGCUGAGCAAUGACAUCCUGGGCCCCGUGGAGCAGUACCUGGGCGUGCCGUACGCCACCCCGCCCAUCGGGGAGCGCAGGUUCCAGCCGCCCGAGGCGCCGGGGUCCUGGCAGGAUGUCCGCAACGCCACGCAGUUCGCCCCCGUCUGCCCGCAGAACAUCCACGGCGUGCUGCCCGAGAUCAUGCUGCCCAUCUGGUUCACCGACAACCUGGACAUCGUGGCGGGCUACGUGCAGAACCAGAGUGAGGACUGCCUCUACCUGAACAUCUACGUGCCCACUGAGGACGGUCCACUCACAAAAAAACAUGACGAAUCAUCAAUGAACAGGCCAAGAGACCAAGAUAUCCGCGACCGCAGGAAGAAGCCGGUCAUGCUGUUCAUUCACGGAGGCUCCUACAUGGAGGGCACAGGGAACAUGUUCGACGCCAGCGUCCUGGCCACCUACGGCAACGUCAUCGUGGUCACCGUGAACUACCGCCUGGGCGUGCUCGGGUUCCUGAGCACAGGGGACCAAGCAGCCAAGGGGAACUAUGGCCUGCUGGACCAGAUUCAGGCCCUGCGCUGGCUCAAUGAGAACAUCGGCCACUUUGGGGGAGACACAGAGAGGAUCACUAUCUUUGGGUCUGGUGCUGGGGCAUCCUGCGUCAACCUCCUCAUCCUGUCCCAUCAUUCUGAGGGGCUGUUCCACAGAGCCAUUGCCCAGAGCGGUUCGGCCAUCUCCAGCUGGUCAGUGAACUACCAGCCGCUGAAGUACACCAAGAUCCUGGCACGCAAGGUAGGCUGCAGCUUCGGCGAGACGGUGGAUCUGGUGGAGUGCCUCCGCAGGAAGACCCUGCGAGAGCUGGUGGACCAGGACAUCCAGCCAGCGCGCUACCACAUUGCCUUCGGCCCCGUGGUGGACGGAGACGUGGUCCCGGACGACCCGGAGAUACUCAUGCAGCAGGGGGAGUUCCUGAACUACGAUAUCCUGAUUGGCGUGAACCAGGGGGAGGGGCUAAAGUUUGUAGAUGACAGCGAGGGUGAGGAUGGGAUCUCUGCCGCCACGUUCGACUACACUAUCUCCAACUUUGUGGACAAUCUGUACGGACACACAGAGGGAAAGGACAUCCUGAGAGAGACCAUAAAGUUCAUGUACACAGACUGGGCGGACCGCGAUAACGGGGAGAUGCGGCGCAAGACGCUGCUGGCGCUGUUCACGGACCACCAGUGGGUGGCGCCGGCGGUGGCCACGGCCAAGCUGCACGCCGAGUUCCAGUCCCCGGUCUACUUCUACACCUUCUACCACCACUGCCAGAUGGAGACGCGGCCGGAGUGGGCGGACGCGGCGCACGGGGACGAGAUCCCCUACGUUUUCGGCAUCCCCAUGGUGGGCGCCACCGACCUCUUCCCCUGCAACUUCUCCAAGAACGACGUCAUGCUCAGCGCCGUCGUCAUGACCUACUGGACCAACUUCGCCAAGACCGGAGAUCCCAACCUGCCGGUUCCCCAGGACACCAAGUUCAUCCACACCAAACCGAAUCGCUUCGAGGAGGUCAUCUGGACCAAGUUCAACUCCAAGGACAAGCAGUACCUGCACAUCGGGCUGAAGCCCCGCGUCCGCGACAACUACCGCGCCAACAAGGUGGCGUUCUGGCUGGAGCUGGUGCCUCACCUGCACAGCCUGCACGAGGACUACUACGGCUCCACCACCACGCGUCUGCCCCCGGGAACGCCCCGCAGUGGCUGGAACGGCCAGGGCAAGGGCCCGCGCACCACCCGCCACCCGGUCGCCACGCUGCCGCCCGACCCCGACCCCGAGGGAUCCGAGCGCCCGCGCUUCUCGCCCUUCCCGGGCGACACGCGGGACUACUCCACCGAGCUGAGUGUGACGGUGGCCGUGGGCGCCUCGCUCCUCUUCCUCAACAUCCUGGCCUUCGCCGCGCUCUACUACAAGCGCGACCGCCGGCACGAGCUCCGGCGCCGCCUAUCGCCCCAGCGCGGGCCAGCCAACGACCUGGCGCACAGCCAGGAGGAGGAGCUGAUGUCGCUGCAGAUGAAGCACUCGGAGCACGACGCCCACCACGACAUGGAGCCGCUGCGCCCGCACGAGAUCCUGCGGCCCGCCUGCCCGCCCGACUACACGCUGGCCCUGCGGCGCGCCCCCGACGACGUGCCGCUCAUGACCCCCAACACCAUCACCAUGAUCCCCAGCACCAUCACCGGCAUGCAGCCCCUCCACGCCUUCAACACCUACCCCUCCCCCGCCCCUGGCCCCACCCCUGGCCACGCCUACACCACCCCGGGCCACAACAACACCCUGCCCCACCCCCACUCCACCACCCGUGUAUAG